UACUAUCAAAAUUCUGAUAUAUCAUUUGUAGUGACGGCGUUAUAGACUGUGUACAGUUUAUUUAUUAAUUUCUAAUGGACUAGUAUAAAUUUUGAAAAUGUAUAGUGUAAAAUUCCUAUUGUGUGCUCAGAUAUUAGUUUUAGGCCUCAGCUUUAAUGAAAACGCGGACGCUUUGCAAUGUUACGUUUGCAGAGGAUGUCACACAGUCACGGCUAAUGAUAUUGCCACAUGUCCUCCGCGAUUGGCAACGACCACUACAACUUCAGGCGAUAUCACAGAUCCUACAGACACAGAUCCUACAGUCACUGAUCCUACCGUCACAGAUCCUACAGUCACUGAUCCUACCGUCACAGAUCCUACAGACACAGAUCCUACAGACACAGAUCCUACAGACACAGAUCCUACAGUCACUGAUCCUACCGUCACAGAUCCUACAGAUACAGAUCCUACAGACACAGAUCCUACAGUCACUGAUCCUACCGUCACAGAUCCUACAGUCACUGAUCCUACCGUCACAGAUCCUACAGACACAGAUCCUACAGACACAGAUCCUACAGUCACUGAUCCUACCGUCACAGAUCCUACAGUCACUGAUCCUACCGUCACUGAUACUACCGUCACAGAUCCUGCAGUCACAGAUCCUGCAAUCACAGAUCCUGCAGUCACAGAUCCCACAGUCACAGAUCCCGCAGUAACAGAUCCUGCAGUAACAGAUACCGCAAUCACAGAUCCUGCAGUAACAGAUCCUGCAGUAACAGAUCCUGCAGUAACAGAUCCUGCAGUAACAGAUCCCGCAAUCACAGAUCCUGCAGUCACAGAUCCCGCAGUAACAGAUCCUGCAGUCACAGAUCCUGCAGUAACAGAUCCCGCAAUCACAGAUCCUGCAGUAACAGAUCCAGCAGUCACAGAUCCUGCAGUAACAGAUCCUGCAAUCACAGAUCCUGCAGUAACAGAUCCUGCAGUCACAGAUCCUGCAGUAACAGAUCCCGCAAUCACAGAUCCUGCAGUAACAGAUCCAGCAGUCACAGAUCCUGCUGUAACAGAUCCCGCAAUCACAGAUCCUGCAGUAACAGAUCCUGCAGUAACAGAUCCCGCAAUCACAGAUCCAGCAGUCACAGAUCCUGCAGUAACAGAUCCUGCUGUAACAGAUCCUGCAGUAACAGAUCCUGCAAUCACAGAUCCUGCAGUAACAGAUCCUGCAGUAACAGAUCCCGCAAUCACAGAUCCUGCAGUCACAGAUCCUGCAGUAACAGAUCCUGCUGUAACAGAUCCUGCAGUAACAGAUCCUGCAAUCACAGAUCCUGCAGUAACAGAUCCUGCAGUAACAGAUCCCGCAAUCACAGAUCCAGCAGUCACAGAUCCUGCAGUCACAGAUCCUGCAGUAACAGAUCCUGCUGUAACAGAUCCUGCUGUAACAGAUCCUGCAGUAACAGAUCCUGCAGUAACAGAUCCCGCAAUCACAGAUCCAGCAGUCACAGAUCCUGCAGUAACAGAUCCUGCUGUAACAGAUCCUGCAGUAACAGAUCCUGCAAUCACAGAUCCUGCAGUAACAGAUCCUGCAGUAACAGAUCCCGCAAUCACAGAUCCUGCAGUCACAGAUCCUGCAGUAACAGAUCCUGCUGUAACAGAUCCUGCAGUAACAGAUCCUGCAAUCACAGAUCCUGCAGUAACAGAUCCUGCAGUAACAGAUCCCGCAAUCACAGAUCCAGCAGUCACAGAUCCUGCAGUCACAGAUCCUGCAGUAACAGAUCCCGCAAUCACAGAUCCUGCAGUAACAGAUCCUGCAGUAACAGAUCCCGCAAUUACAGAUCCAGCAGUCACAGAUCCUGCAGUCACAGAUCCUGCAGUAACAGAUCCUGCAGUAACAGAUCCAGCAGUCACAGAUCCUGCAGUCACAGAUCCUGCAGUAACAGAUCCUGCUGUAACAGAUCCUGCAGUAACAGAUCCUGCUGUAACAGAUCCUGCAGUCACAGCGAAUGAUGACUCGGAGUUGGUGUAUAACGUCCAAAUGGUGAACAACCGACCCUUGAGAUACAACCCAUAUUUUGAUUUCGUGCCCAUGAGGGCUCUUAAGGAGAGUGAUGAUGACGACGACGUUGAGGCUGAAGCCAGGUGUCUAGUGGUGACAUUUCUUGAAGAAAACGGCGAGACGAACGUCAUCCGUGGUUGCGCUUAUGAAUCGGAUGACAUAGAAGCGAAGUGUCGCGAAGCAAUGGGUGACAGUUACGAUGGUGACAUGCGAAGCUGUAGGGUGUGCGACGGAGACCUGUGCAACUCUUCCAACAUCCACACCAUCGCUGUCACCCUCCUUUUAUCUUCUAUAUUGCUGACUCUAAAAAUGAAUCACUGAUUGAAAUGUUUUGUAACAAGCAAAUACUUGAAACCUUUCAAAAUGGUUACAUAUUUAUUUACUACUUGUAACAAUUACAAUGAUGAUAACAAUAUUGUGCACUGUAGAAGGAAUUGGUGCUAGUGAAUGGUUGUUUAAGCAUCUAGUUAUUCAAUUUGACCUGUCUAGUCAAUAAUUAACUAAAUAGGGACUAAGAAAUGAUAAAAUGAUGAGACAGUAGGUUGAAAGUUGCGAUUACUCACUUUAGACAAAGUGUUUUAGUUGUGCUAUUUUAAAUAGAUAGUACCCAGAUAUUGAAUGUCCUAAUAUUGUGAAAAUAUUUAUAAAUAACUAGUAUGAAUUUCAAAACUGAGUCUAACUAAAGUCUAUCCAAAAUGAAUAUGAAAGGAAGGAACUGGCUAAAUGACAUGACUAGCUUGAACAAUAAAUGAAUAUUGUAAAAAAUAAAGACACCUAAAUAAUUAGUUAUCAAUCACAGUAUUGGAAUCAAUAUUGUGCAUGUGAAAAUGUUGAUCAUGAUUGAUUUUCGUCAUUUGGUUUAUCCGUAUUGUAUCCGUCCCAGUAUUAUGUACCUAUGCAAGUGUUUUUUUUCAUGGUAGAUAACUUAUUCUUAAGUAAAAUAGGUAUUUAAUAUUUUUAAGUUCGAUAGUUUACUUUUGUAUACACGUUUUUAUAAAAAUCUAUUUUUAUAAAUUAAAUAUAAUAAUAAUUUUAAAUAUAGUAGAUUCGUUGCCUUAUUUAUACAAAUAAUGUAAGCGCAGUGUGUCCGAUAAUUUUCAUGAUUAUUUAAUUAACAAUACCAAUCUGAAUAGGUAAUAAUGUGUUAUGUGUAAUAGAGUAAUGAAUACUUUAAUAAAUAUUUAACAGAA